AUGGGCCCCAUUGUAACUAGAUUCGAUGACCGAGACUCCCGGAUACAAUACUCCAGUACAUGGGUCAAGGCUGGUACUCCACUCGAUUACCUCAAUACCACGACAGGUACCGAUUUCGCUGGGUCUGGCGUGUUAUUCAAUUUCACUGGAACAGGCGUAACUGUCUACGGUUCAAUAAUAGUAUGGACCGGAUUACUACCACCCGUAUCGAACUACACCAUUGACUCUGGCAUGCCUUAUCAAUUCAUUGCGACCCAAAUGGAAGAGAGCCAGCAUCAGCAGCUGUUUUUCAGAGCCACAGGGCUGAGUUUGGGACAGCAUACUUUAAUGAUCACCAAUGAGCUAGUGGAUGGUCUUCUGGAGCUCGAUUAUUUGGAAGUCGAGACAAGUGCUGAUGGGUCUACUAACUCCUCCAGCUUGACCACGCCCAUUUCAUCAAGCUUAAUGGCAACAGCAACUCACUACGCCACAAGUACAGCACUUCAAACAUCAUCCGAGUCUGCUACGAGCCGUGUAGGUCCCCCGAUAGGCGUUACAAUAGGUGGAGCGAUCACCGGGUCCACUGUGAUCAUGUCGCUCAUACUCUUCGCUUGCUUCUUUGCACGCAGGAGACAACAUCGGAAGAAAAACCUCCCCCUUCCACAUUCUCCCUCUUCACCACAACUAGAUAUGUCUCACGCACCUGCAGGACGUUCCAGUGAUAUCACUCCAUUCGUCAUUGGAGAUCCAAUAGCGUCGUUCGCGGGGUCGAGCUUGAGGGAAUACGCAAGGAAUGGGCAUGCCCCCGAUAGAGACCCUGGCAGCCCGGCUCCAGAGGGGGUUGUGCCGCAUUGUGCACAGGUUCCGUCCUCUGCUGGUGGGAGGGGGGAAUGUCACAGUGACUUACCGCCUAGCUAUACUGCUUUGUCGGAUGUGAGGUGA